UUAAUAAAACACCGCCCCCCAGCCAAACGCUAGUGUGUGGUUUAUCACUGUCUGUGACACGGGAAUGUCCUUUCCUGACGCCUUGGAUGCCGACGGUAAGACAAUAAAACUUCAGUGAGGCAUUGGAUCAAUGUGGAGUACAAGUUCAGGAGUGAAUGAGGGCAGACAGCUCCUCAGCAAGCCCUGAGCUGGCUGACCUCAGAACAGAAAGAACGCCUUUUUGUAGCUGAACAAAAGUCAAGGAGCUUGGAUUUCUGAUUCCUGAGAUGUCCAUGAAACGAGCAGACGGGAUGUCCAUCGCUCAGGCUUUGGCCAUGACUGUAGCAGAGAUACCGGUGUUUCUCUAUUCCACCUUUGGACAGUCUAUAUUUUCUCAGCUACGGCUUACUCCAAGCCUAAAGAAGGUGCUGUUUGCCACAGCGCUGGGCAGUGUGGCACUGGCUUUGACAGCUCAUCAGUUGAAGAGGCGAGGGAGAAAAAGAAAACAGACAACUCGGGGGAAGGAUGGCCAGAAGACUGUAGGAAUUCCUGAGGUGCUGAUUAAAACAGGAAGGCCUUCAUCACUAAAGAGAGGGCCACUCACAGGGCGACAGAUGAUGAGUCCUAGCACUCGGAGCAAUGACACCAUGAGUGGGAUUUCUUCCCUGGCACCGAGUAAACAUUCAAGUUCCUCACACAGCCUGGCAUCUAUGCGGGUUCCAAGCUCUCCAAAUCAGUCUGCAAAUCCAUCUACACCCUGGGAGGCAGAACCGGUCGUAGAAGAGUCGGGGGCUGUAGAAGACGCAAAUGCAGAGAAUCUUUAUCUAAUGGGGAUGGAGCUGUUUGAGGAAGCUUUGCAAAAAUGGGAACAGGCUCUGAACAUACGGCACCACACUCACUCGUCCUCCAGCAACAGCCUUGCAUUGCAGGGGGCAAUGUGUGCAGAUGUUUCCAAGGUUGAAGACCGUAAUAAAGUCUUUGCUGAGAAGUUAGAAACCCUACUGCACAGGGCAUAUCAUCUACAGGAGGAUUUUGGCAGUAGCAUCCCAACAGACAGCGUACUGGCAGACUUUGAAAGUGAAGGAACCCUUAUCCUGCCUCAAGUGGAGAGUUUCCACAGACUGCAAGAUGAUGAUGCUACUACUGUUACCUCUGACGACUCCUUCUUCUCGGCUGCAGAGUUGUUUGAUGCCAUGACUCUAGAUGAGGUCUACCAGCCACUGAGGCCGGCAGCGCUUUAUGAGGAGGCCUUGGCUCUAGUGCAUGAGAGUAAAGUAGCCUACAGGUCUCUAAGGACUGAAUUACUUGAAUGUUAUAGUGACCAAGAUUUCCUUGCCAAGCUUCACUGUGUGAGACAAGCAUUCCAGGUUCUGUUAUUGGAUGAAACUCACCGUACAUUCUUCAUGGAGACUGGAAAGCAGAUGAUUGCUGGGUUGAUGGUCAAAGCAAACAAGAGUCCAAAAGCCUUCCUAGAGAGUUAUGAGGACAUGCUGCUGUACACUCAGAGAGAGGAAACCUGGCCCAUCACUAAGAUGGAGCUGGACGGCCGAGGGGUGGUGUGCAUGAACUUCUUUGACAUAGUCUUGGACUUUAUCCUGAUGGAUGCAUUUGAAGACCUGGAGAGCCCCCCAUCCUCUGUGGUAGCUGUGUUAAGGAACCGCUGGUUGUCUGACAGCUUUAAAGAGACGGCUCUGGCCACUGCGUGUUGGUCUGUCUUAAAAGCCAAGAGGCGUCUUCUCAUGGUCCCUGAUGGUUUUAUCUCCCACUUCUAUGCCAUAUCAGAACAUGUGAGCCCAGUUUUAGCUUUUGGGUUUUUAGGACCGAGGCAGCACUUAAGUGAAGUGUGCACUAUCUUCAAGCAACAAAUCGUUCAGUACCUUAAGGAUAUGUUUGAUCAUGACAAAGUCCGCUUCACCUCUACUCAGUGUCUGGCUGAGGACAUCCUGAACCUGUCCCACCGCCGCAGUGAGAUUCUGCUGGGGUAUCUGGGAAUCGAUGGUCUUCUAGAGCUUAACGGAGCCCUGCCCAGAGACACAGAGGGAUCCUCAGGGCUCCACUAGGAUGACUGGUGUCCACAUGGCCAGUUGUUUGGGCUCGUGCAAACUGAAAACAUGGGUGGGGGGUGACAAGAAGGCGGGGAAAGGCACGGAUGUUGCAGCAGUAGCAUCCUUUUAUGAACGGAGUGAACCAUGUUCCUGUGGCACACAGAGUACCAGCAUCAAUCCUUCAUCUGUCAUCUGCUGUUUCCAAGGAUAACGUAUUUUCAUCAGACCCACAGUGUCACUGGUAAAGGAGACAAACUCUCAGAUAACACCCCUCGCUUGCUCUCUUAUUAUUGGCUGCUGCGUUGAGAGCGCCUAUUGUAUUUGUGUAAUUUCAGGCGUGUUGGGACUUGUCUGUCUUGCUGGUUAACACUGAUACUUCUUAAAAUCAUACCUAUCGUACACUGACAGAUCACUGGGCUUUCUACGCUAAACACCACAUUAGUCGAGUUGCCUCAGAAUCAGAACCUUCCAUUUAUCACCUCUGCAACCCGGUUGAAUACCACAGUCUUCAUUAUUCUGAGUGUGGAGGUGAUAUUUGUGCAUUUGUAUAUUUUAUAUGAAAGGGGGAAGGAUAUUUAUUAAAUUCAUUAUCAUUUUUGUGAGUGUUGGCCAACUGAAGACUUUUGGUGCUCGAUGAAGGAAAUUAUGUAUUUGACUGGCGAUUUUAAUUCUGAUUUUGAUUUAACUAUUCAGUGUGUAAUAUUUAGGAGGAUCUAGUUGCAGAAAUUGAAAAUAAUACUCAUAAAUAUGUUUUUAUUAGUGUAUAAUCACUUGAAAAUAAGAACUGCUGAGAAUGAGCUGUUGAUAUUCACUUUUCAUGGAGUCCUCAAUGUACUGUUUCUUCAUAAUUCCUCUUCAUCUUAACAUUUUCCAGCAGGUGUGAUCGUGUAUUAAGGUGCAUUACUCUCACCUAAUAUGAGUGUGGACCAGAGUCAAUAACCCCUUAAGUCACUUUCACUUUGGAAAAUGUUUAAAGAAACAGCAGCACUUUUUUUCACUUAACUUGAGGUGGUUUUUGCCUUUAUUUUCAUGAAAGUAAAUGCACAUAGAGGAAAUUGAAACACUUUUUUUUCUGAUGAAUUCUGAUGUAGCAAACAACUCAAGUGAUUGACCAGCUGACUGAUCAACUGUUUGCUACAUCAUCCCAGGUAGUCUGGAAAAAGUGGAAAACAUGUCAUGUGGGACUGAUGAAGAAACCAAAUUAUUCCAGCAUUCAUGGAAAAGGGGCAUCAUAGCUAUUUUAGACAGAAAACAACUAAAUGUUCUGUCUCCACUGUCUAUUAGAUCCAAGUGUGAUAUAAACCAACAGUGCCACCUGCUGGUGACACAUCAGCCUACUUGGCUCUCAAACCAGGUUAUAGUAAUGCAUUAUUUCCAUUUUUAGUUUUUGCAACUUUUCAAAACUUUAGUAGAUGAGUGAUUUGUCUCUAUAGAACAGGGUAUGUAUAGAUGUAAUCUUCAGUUUUACCACUAGAUGCCACUAAAUAUCACACUGAAUCUUUCAUCAGGCAGUUCAAGGGUUAUAAUUCCCAUUCCUCUGAUCCUCAAACUACAGUUACUGCCCCUUUCUUGAUUUUUUUUUUUUUUUAACUUGAAUUGCAAAGCGUUUGCUCACUUCAGUGUUAAAACAUCUUCACAGAGAUGACAGUAAUACAAGUUCUAGACUCAUCCACAGUUGUAAAAGCCGUGACAAUGAGUAUAUAAUGGGUAACGCAUUACCCUGUGAGGCUUUAAACAGCAAAUACCAUUCUUACAGUGCUGUUUCAGCCCAGUUGCUUUAAUUUUUUAAUCACAUUAUACAACUUUAUAAGACUUGAUUCAAAUAUUAGAGUAAAUCUUUUAGGCAGAAUAAUCUAAAUACAGACUACUAAGUCUGCUCGCACUCUAUACCCAGUGACUUCUAGAGCAUCAGUGGGUAUAACGGGAUAUAAGACAAUGCUUUCUGUUGAGUUUCUGUUCAUUUUCUUUGAUUAUGGACACAUGGGCAUUUUUCAUCACAGUACUGACAGAAUUGAAGAGCGUCCCAACAGUAACUGAAACGGUGCCAUGUAGUCAUAGCAAGGAUGUUUUUUUUUUUUUUUUUUCAUUUUUCUGAUUACAUGAAGUGCUAUUGUGAGGUGGGACACUGUACAGCCAGACUGUAACUUGCGUAGUAAGUGCACUGAUUACCUCUGAGCCAAGAUAAGUGGAGUUUUGUUCAUUUGUUUUCUCGGCAGCAUAAACAAAGAUGACUACUGUACAGGCGUAUUUUAAGCGAUACAGGAAAUGUCCAAAGUGGAUCGUCUUAAUGAAAUAAGGAAUAUUUGUCCUUGACAAAAGCAGACGUUAAUACUAUAUGUAUGUGCAGUUCAAGGCAUUUUGAAUCUAGUCGCUGUGCAUGCAAACAGACAGAGGACUGCUUUUUGUUACCCAGAAUCCUACAGAUGUGUUCUGUGAUCUUGAUAGGCUUGCUCAUGUUACAACACGUCUCUGACAUGCAGAACAUUUAUUUAUUUCUCUUUCUUUUUCUUUUUGUUUUUGGCGCUAUAGGAAUAUUUUUGUCAAAGAUGAUCCAAGUCCAACAGUAAAAAAAAAACAAAAGAAAAGGGCCUUUACAGAAACUACCAAUGUGCAGCUUUAUUUUUUUAAGCAAUUUGCACUUUAUCAGAAACUACAGAUACAGGAAUGUCCCAGACCCCUUUCUUUUCUUCUCUUUCUUUUUUUUAAAUAAGCCAUUUGACUGUACAAUCACUGUUAUCAUUAUUUGACUGAUGUAUUAUUCAUAGUAGAGAACUUUAAAAAAUGUACAGAAGAGAAACUUAUCUUUCCCAGAUCACUAUAAUACUUAAAUAGUUUUAUUCUGAUAACUAUCACAGGUCUUUGUUAUAUCCGUCAUCAUUUCAGGUUCAAAUGUAAUGUUACUGCUUUGUGGUCCAACCCCGAUGAACUGCUUUUAAUCCUUUUUCACCUGUGUUUUAGUCCUGUUAGUGUAGAGCUUCAAGCAUAUAUGCAACAGUAUGUGUCUUGCAGGUUGAUGCAACUAUUUCUAAUAGCAAAAUGCUGAUAAUAGUUAAUCUUGAGUUUUAAAUUGGUCUGCUUUUGUAUGUAUGAUGUCCUGUGAUCAGAAAAA